AAUGGAGUAAGAAGCACAGCGAGAUAACUGACAAAAAUAAAAAUGUUUUGAUCAUUGAAGUGUCUGUAAUAUGACAUAAUGAUUUAUCAGGGCAGUGUUAUUCCGACAAUUCAAGAUAAAAGAUUCCAGGGUGAUAAGAUUUGUUACCUGGAGAUUGGCUGGAGGUUCAACAAAUACUUUGCUGGUUUCUGCACCUACCCUUCAUGAGCCUUGGCUGAGGCAAAUCUGUACAGAAUAUUAGAUUUGGGUUGAUGUGCUUCAGGAUUUAAACCUCUCAAAGUCAAAUUGUGGGUUAGAGACAGACAGGAAUACAGCCUCGAUAACAGCCUGAUGAAAAAUGAAUCAUUGCAAACAAUUCUCCUAAAGAGUGAUGGGAAGAAAACAGCCUUAGAAUAUGCUACUGGGUUCUUUUUCUUUAUCUGUUGAAUGAUUUCUUUCAUCAUUCUUUGAGAACUUGGUCUGCACAAGAACCAUAUCAUUGGUAAGGAGUGAACAUUCCACAGAAAAGAAACGAAAACACAAGAUUUGUUGGUGGACUUGUCUUCCUUCAAAAUAGAUGGAACCUUGCUGUAAUUCAAAACUGAGGAGAGCAGCUCUGAGUCAGUGACGGUGAUAACGCAAAGGAAGGUAGCCAGCGAAAAGGGCAAUCAAAUGGAAUCUUCGAACCAAGAAAAUGGUGCUACUGUGGACGAACUGCUACACAGGUCCCUACAAGGUUUUGAUGAAAAUGGAAAGGUGACAGAUCCUACCACAGUCCGCAUGUUCUUGAUGAUGCAUCCAUGGUAUAUUCCAUCCACAGAUGCUGCUGCAAAACUCCUCAAAUUAUAUCAAGAAGUUACAGGUGAAGAAGCCGUGGCUGUCCGAUCAAAGAUCUGUCACCUGGUCAAGUACUGGAUUACAGAGUUUCCCGCUGAAUUUGACCUCAACCCUGCUCUGGCAGAACAGAUAAUGGAGCUGAAAGGCCUUCUGUAUCAGGCGGGUAAUCAUAGACAAAGCCAAAUGAUUACCAUAGAAAAUGUCCCUUCCUACGAGUGGAAACGUCAAGUCACACAACGUAACCCAGUAUCUCAAAAGAAAAGAAAAAUGUCUCUGCUGUUUGACCACCUUGAAUUCUCAGAACUGGCUGAGCACUUUACCUACCUUGAGUACAAGUCCUUCUGUAAAAUACUGUUCCAAGAUUAUCACAGUUUUGUGAUGCAUGGCUGCACAGUGGACAAUCCCAUUCUGGAACGUUUUAUCACUUUGUUUAACAGUGUGUCUCAAUGGAUUCAGUUAAUGAUACUUAGCAAACCCACCCCUCAGCAGAGGGCGCAAAUAAUCACUCAGUUCAUCAAAGUAGCUCAGAAACUCCUCCAGCUUCAGAAUUUCAACACACUGAUGGCUGUGAUCGGAGGUCUGAGUCACAGUUCUAUUUCUCGGCUGAAGGAAACCUAUAAUUACAUUAAUCCUGAAACUAUCAAGAUCUGGGACAGCCUUACAGAGUUGGUGACAUCCUGUGGAAAUUACAGCCAGUACAGGAAGCGCUUCGCAGAGUGUGAAGGCUUUAAGUUUCCCAUCCUCGGAGUCCACUUGAAGGACCUUAUUGCUGUACACGUUGCACUUCCAGACUGGUUAGACAAAGAGAAAACGAUAGUGAACUUGACAAAGAUGCAGCAGCUUUAUGCUAUUAUCAACAACCUUGUUCUCAUACAGAGCACACCACCCCCUCUCGAUGCCAAUACAGACUUAGUAAACUUACUGGUGGUCUCACUGGACCAGUAUCACACAGAUGAUGAAAUAUACCAGUUAUCUUUGCAACGAGAGCCAAGAAAGAAUUCCAUUGCCUCCAUCCCUGCCAAUCCAGAGCCAGCCAAGUCACCUGUGAUUGAUGACUGGGCCACUGCAAGGAAACCAAAUCCAGAUCAAGCUGUCCUCAAUAAGCACAUUGAGAAAAUGGUAGAGUCUGUUUUUAAGAAUUUUGACACUGAUGGUGAUGGACACAUCUCUCAGGAGGAGUUUGAAAUCAUUAAGAACAACUUUCCAUACUUGAGCAAAUUUGGAGAGCUUGAUGCAAACAAUGAUGGAAAAAUAAGUAAAGAGGAAAUGGCAGCAUAUUUCAUGAAAGCCAGUUCUGUCUUUAGCUGCAAGAUGGGAUUUAUCCAUAACUUCUAUGAAACAACCUACAUAAAACCUACAUUUUGUGAACACUGCAAAGGCUUUAUCUGGGGUAUCUUCAAGCAAGGCUUCAAGUGCCGAGCCUGUGGUGUGAACUGCCAUAAACACUGCAAAAGCCUGUUGUCUGUGGAAUGCCGAAAACGAACAAAAAGUAUCAGUAUAGACAGCCCCUCUCAGCGACCUUCACGCUCAUUCAGUUUUCCACCUCCUGGUGCUAAGAAACACUCGUUACAACAAACAGGAUGUAACUUCCCAUAUCGGGAUUGUCAAUUAAAAAGAGGGACAACUGAGAUAAUAGAAGAUGACAAUGGAUCUUUAGAAGAUGACGUUUAUGAUGAUCAUCUAUAACAUGCAUGUGCAUUUGUUCUAUGAACAGCCAGAAGAACUCCUGCAAGCUUUCCACUGGAACACAACAUUCACCUUUCUGCUCACAACCACUGCAGGUCAUGAGUGCACUGGCAUAUUUUUUACACAUAUGCAUGUAAUGGCUGCUAUGUUUUCUUUCUCACUUUCUCCUUGAUCUCAUAGUGUAAUCAGGUCUGUGGAAGUAAAUCUACGAAAUGGCAGCAUUCUGCAACAUAGAUUGCUGUGCUGCAGUUAUCUCACAAGACUGUAAGCUGUUCAUAGACACCACUGGAACAUGGCAAGGCAAUAAGGAAAAAAAAACUCUGAGGAUCAAUACAAUAUAUGGUUUCAAUACGUUUCCACAACUGAAACAGCAAACCAUACUAAAGAAAUAGAUUUUAGGUCAUCUGUGCAUUGGCCAAAGAUGAGGCUAAUGAGGUUUUCAGUUACAAGAAGUAAUAUUUCAAGGUCUAAACUGGAAAAAUGUUUUAAGUUCUGUAGUAAGAAAUGUUUUAAAAUGGUUUAAUGGUGUAUAAGAUAUAACAGACUGUAAAAAACAAGCAGAAUAAUGAUUUUUUUUAAAUGAGCUUCCAUUGAUGGAAUAUCACAGAAAAAUCUGUAGUUUGUAAACAAAGUAAACUAUUAUUUCUGCUGACACAUUGUGCACAGCCUGUCCUGUGUUGCCAGCAAUUGAACUUUCUCACUGUUUUGUAUAACAUUUCAGUCUUCCUUUUCCCUUCUAAGGUGUUAUGUUUUUUCUGGAUGACUUUUUUGUGCCAGUGUAUAUAAAUAGUUUGAUCAUAUUGGCAUUAUCUAGUGUUUAAAGUAAAGGUAACCUGUUUCUUGGUGACAUACCACUAUUUCUGACUUGAGCUGGGUGACUUCAGACUACAGAAAACAUGCUAGUUUCUUCUAGUGGCUAAAGACCCAUUUACAAGGUCUUGUUGGUUCAUUAACUCACUUAUAGUGAACUACUGAAGAUAGCCAUUAGUGGCAAGUCAGAGUGAAGGGGCUAUACCACUUGCUGCAUUAUAAUCUGAAGGAAGCAGAAGGUGAACUCCUGGUGUCUAGAACUAAUUUCUUACUAUUAAAGUUUCAAAAGACCUAGCAGUUAUUUUCCACUUGCCUUUGACCCACUAUCAUAUAAUAUUGUCUGCUGCCUGACACUGGAAUUUAAUGACUGAAAAAGUGAUGGCCUCACACAGCAGUAUUAAUUUUUCAUCUUGUUCAGGUCUUUCACUUUGCAUGUAUUCAAUGCUCAACAUAAACGGACAACAUUUUUAGUAGUCUCCUGAAAGCUAAAAGUAGGAAAAGGAAAGAUUUUGUUAUGUAAUUUACAUAUAUUUAAACUGGAACAGUUUAAUAGUGUUUGUGCAACAUUUUGUCAUGUAUUAACAAAGUGAGAAACCAGUCCUUUAAACUGCACUUGUUGUUACAGUAUUUAACAUUCUCAUUUAUCUGUGUACAUUCUAAGCCAAGUUAAGAGCUAAUGGUGGCUGUAAAUGUUAUUGAUAAUGUAGAAAUGUAACAUAUGUAUGGUUUCAAGAUUUAGUGUAAUAAUGCAAUGACAGUUUUGCUGCUUCAUUCUCUGUCUCUCUUGUUAUAGACAUAAGAUUUCAUGCCAACAAUUGUUUCAUUUCAAUGUAAUUAUUUUAAUAAGAAAAGGUACUGUAUGUGAUGUUGAGAAAAAUAUUUCUUUAUAACGAUCUUUCAGUGCUAACAUACAAACAAGCUACACAUGGAACUGAUUCCAUAUCAUCAAAGACAUUUUUUAAAGAUGCUAAUGAUGAUUCAAACAGUAUAUAUAUUUUGCAUAACUAAACAUUUUGUCAGUUUACUACAUGAUACCUGUCUGUACUAUAAUAUGCAUAUUCGGAAUGUACACAUUGAUAUUUAUAUGUUCUAACCUUUGCCAAAUUUACAGUGUUUAGUCUGCAGGAUGUAGCAACAGCUGUACUUUUUUAAAGAACACAUGAAAAUGAAUUACAUUUUAUUAAAUUAUUAAACAUUCCUGUCAAUGUACAGUUCCAGGAAACUGUCUCUCCAUAGCAGAAAGUAUACCUUAUCUAGGAUUUGCAAAAAAAAAAAAAUGUUUGAUAGUUGCAAUUUUUUGUUGGUUUAUUUUGGUACAACUGUUUAAAGCUGUGUGCAGACUAUAAUUUAUGUUUUGCUUUUUCUUGAGUUUUCUUUAGAAAAAAAUGAUUGAACAUGCCAAAACGUUUACCUGUGUUACAUACACAUUUUGGAAGACAAUAUUAAGAAAUGUCAUAGUGGUCCACUAACAGAAAACAUAACGGCAGUAGAACAUGGAUUCCUUUUUCUGGACCAAAAUAGAUUUCACAAUUACUUGUGGGUUUUGGCUAGCAGGAGAGGUUCUCCUUUCACAAUAACUCCUGCAUGAUUAACAACCAAAGAAUGGCUUCUGUUAAUCUAAAACCUUGAAGAAUUAUAAAGCCUAUACUGGGCCAGUAAAAGAUAUUAUGUUGCAUCUGCAUUUUGGGAUGAGUCUUCUCAUAAUAGCAUAUUGAAAUGUUAUAUAUUUUGGUGUGAGAUGGUACAAGUGUUUCCUUUUAUGAAGAAGGAAAACAAAAACAUGAAAAAUAAAGUUGAGCUCUUCUAUGAAAAAGCCUCAAUAAACAGACCAAGUGAUGAUGAA